UCACCAAAACAUAUCAUCAUCUUUUCUCAGACUAAGAUUACAGAAAACUCUCCUACCUCUCCAAAUAAUAAUAAUCAUCAUCAGCUCAUUCAUUCGAUAUAAGCAAUUAUAUAUUAAUUAAUUAAUUAAUUAUUGUUCUAGCUUUGAUCGUAAUAUGGUGAUGGGCGAUUGGAGGAUCCACCCCUUCUCGCCGCCUCCAACUGUGUUUUUGUUCUCCUGCACCUGCACCCUUCUUAUCGGCUACUCCACCUCCACCCCCGAGUCUUCUUCCUCUUCUUCUUCAGCAGUUGUGACACUCGAUUCUAUAGAGCUAUUCAAAACCCACGACUGGCUUGCAACCACCCCAACAGGCAUUUACUUUCAGUGCAAAGGAGAGAAGGAAACAGUUUUACCAGAUGUCAAAGCCAAGCACACUCUCUACACCUUCAAAGGCCAAGAAUCAUGGCAGCAGCCUCUAACGGAGCUUACUGAUAUAAAGUGCAAGCGUUGCGGAUUGUAUCAGAAGGAUUCCAUAAAAUCAAAUCAUGAGUUCGAUGAAUGGGAGUUGUGUGCAUCUGAUUUCACAAGGUCCGAUGGCAGAUACAUUCAUUUCAAAGACAAGGAGUUCAAUGCUACAUUCAUAUGCCCCGAUUGUGUUCCUCUUGGAACUGCUGCAGAUUAUUCCGUCAACCUGAAAACCUACUUAAAUUGGAUCCUUAUACCAGUUAUCAGUAUUGCGGUGGCAAUCAUAGUGAUUGCCGGCUUAGUGGCUGCUUGUAAAUACUGGCAGAAAAGGAGGAGGCAGCAAGAGCAGGCAAGGUUUCUCAAACUUUUUGAAGAUGGCGAUGACAUUGAGGAUGAAUUGGGUAUUGGGCCUCUUAGCAAUUCAAUAUGACAUAGAGGGGCAAGUCUCGUUCCUAAAGCGCACGGGGACAAGACAACGCAGGACUAGAAUUCUGGAUAUGAGUAAAUACAUACAGAUGCAUGUGUUACUCAGUUUCGACAGUCUAUGCUUUAGCAUGCUAGCGUGACCCUAUUUUCGACAGGGUAAUGCUGAGCAAUUUUGAAGGCCUUGUAGACAUUGAAACUUUUGCAUACAUUGUAUCAUAUGAGAUGCUUAUGGAUUAAAACACAAGUUCUUAAUUGGUUCAUGUUUC